GCUCAGGAAGGGGUUAAUAGCCUGAGGUGCCGGUAGUCCGGGGCGGCGUGCAGCGGCAGCUGGGUGUUACUGGUUGGAACGCAUGCGCCUCCCCAUCCAAAGCAACCGGGAGUCAGGAGGCUGCUGUGUCAGGGACCGGAGGCUUUUACAGCUCCUCCUCUGUGAACAGCAUCACACCGGAACCACCGCCAGGCCAGCCAGCUCCGAACUGCGGCACCGGCCGAGCAGAUAUUACUCUGGUACCACCACCAUCUUCAGUGUAACCGAGCAGAAGAGACACAGCAGCCCAUGGAAAAGAAGACCAAGUUCUCCUCAGCCAUGGCUGAGCCAUCGAAGUCCUCGGCAUCUCCUCCUCCGUCUCUUCAGGGUGAAGAAGGACUACAGAUUGAUGAUGCCCAGAUGGGCAGGCCCCUGGGUCCCACUCCCAGUCAGAGCCGCUUCCAAGUGGACCCGGUCAGUGAAGUCUCCCGGGAAGCAGCUGCUGGGGAUCAGGAGCCAUCUCCUCUACCUUCUGACACCAUAACCCAUAGAGGAAGGGGGGGUUCAGGUGGAGAGGAAGCGAAAGGUCGGUUUAGAGUAAACUUUGUGGACCCGGCUGAUCCAGAUGGAAGCUCUCCUGAGAGUGGUGAGGGCGGAGGUGGGGUGAGCUUUCAGAAUGGAGAUACAGUGUUAAGCGAAGGUAGCCUGCAUUCUGGUGGAACUGGUCAUCACUAUCAUUAUGACACUCACACUAACACUUAUUACCUGCGGACCUUUGGGCACAACACCAUGGAUGCUGUGCCCAGGAUUGAUUACUAUCGGCACACAGCGGCAGAACUUGGUGAGAAGUUGCUGAGACCCAGCUUGGCCGAGCUGCAUGAUGAGUUGGACAAGGAACCAUUUGAAGAUGGUUUUGCCAAUGGAGAAGAAGGAACACCGACAGGAGAUGCCGUGACCAAUCACGUUGCUGAUAGCAAAGGAGUGGUAAAAUUUGGCUGGAUUAAAGGAGUAUUGGUACGAUGCAUGCUGAAUAUAUGGGGUGUGAUGCUAUUCAUUCGGUUGUCGUGGAUUGUCGGCCACGCUGGAAUCGGUUUAACCAUUGUUGUCAUUGGCAUGGCCACCGUGGUGACGACCAUCACUGGAUUGUCUACUUCGGCCAUUGCUACAAAUGGCUUUGUAAGAGGAGGAGGUGCAUAUUACUUAAUUUCCCGAAGUUUGGGACCAGAAUUUGGUGGUGCAAUUGGGCUAAUUUUUGCAUUUGCCAAUGCAGUUGCAGUUGCCAUGUAUGUGGUGGGCUUUGCUGAAACUGUUGUGGAAUUACUACAGGAAAGCAACGCUGUGAUGGUGGAUGAACUGAAUGACAUUCGAAUCAUAGGCGCAAUCACAGUUGUUUUGCUGCUGGGUAUCUCUGUAGCAGGAAUGGAGUGGGAAGCGAAAGCCCAAAUUGUGCUGUUGGUGAUUUUAUUGUUGGCAAUAGCUGACUUCUUUAUAGGAACAGUUAUUCCAAUGGAGGACAAGAAGGCCAAAGGAUUCUUUAGUUACAAAGCUGAAAUUUUCAGUGAAAACUUUGGGCCAGCUUUCCGGAAUGAAGAAACUUUCUUUAGUAUCUUUGCCAUUUUCUUCCCUGCUGCGACUGGUAUCUUAGCAGGAGCAAAUAUCUCAGGUGAUCUUACGGACCCACAACAAGCCAUACCAAAAGGCACACUGUUGGCUAUUCUAGUAACAACUAUAGUGUACAUGGGCGUUGCAGUGUCUGUGGGCUCAUGUGUCAUACGAGAUGCCUCCGGAAAUGUUAAUGACACCCUUUCGUACGCUGCGACAAACUGCACAGAUGCUUCUUGUAAAUUAGGUUAUAACUUUACAUCCUGUAUACCAGACUGUAAAUAUGGACUGAUGAACAACUUUCAGGUCAUGGGCAUGGUGUCUGGAUUUGCACCACUUAUUUCAGCAGGAAUCUUCUCUGCCACCCUUUCAUCAGCACUUGCCUCCUUAGUGAGUGCACCAAAGGUUUUCCAGGCCCUAUGCAAAGACAAUAUUUAUCCUGGUCUUCAAAUAUUUGCUAAAGGAUAUGGCAAGAACAACGAACCACUUCGGGGAUAUCUGCUCACCUUCUUAAUUGCAUUGGGGUUCAUAUUAAUUGCUGAACUGAAUGUGAUUGCUCCAAUCAUUUCAAACUUCUUCCUGGCAUCCUAUGCCUUAAUAAACUUCUCAGUGUUUCACGCUUCACUUGCAAAGUCUCCAGGUUGGCGUCCAGCGUUUAAAUACUACAAUAUGUGGGUGUCUCUAAUUGGAGCCCUUCUUUGCUGUGGGGUCAUGUUUGUUAUUAACUGGCAGGCUGCUCUUUUAACAUAUGUCAUUGUCAUUGGAUUGUAUAUAUACGUUACAUACAAGAAGCCUGAUGUAAACUGGGGGUCUUCAACCCAAGCCUUGACCUAUCUGAAUGCACUGCAGCACACCAUUCGGUUGGCAGGUGUUGAAGACCAUGUGAAAAACUUCAGGCCUCAAUGCCUUGUUUUAAUUGGUGCUCCGAAUUCACGUCCAGCUCUCCUUCAAUUAGUGCACGCCUUUACAAAAAAUGUUGGAUUGAUGAUCUGUGGCCAUGUGCACAUGGGUCCUCGAAGACAAGCUAUGAAAGAGCUGCUUACAGACCAGGCUAGAUAUCAGAGGUGGCUUAUUAAAAACAAAACCAAAGCCUUCUACUCCCCAGUACAUGCCGAGGACUUGAGGGAUGGAGUUCAGUAUCUUAUGCAGGCUGCUGGAUUGGGGAGAAUGAAACCAAAUACUCUUGUGCUUGGCUUCAAGAAUAAUUGGAUUCAGUCCGAUAUGAAAGAUGUUGAGACUUAUAUUAACUUAUUACAUGAUGCUUUUGAUUUCCAGUAUGGUGUAGUUGUGAUUCGUCUGAGAGAAGGUCUAGAUAUUUCUCAUCUCCAAGGUCAAGAGGAGCUGCUGUCAUCACAAGAGAAGUCUCCAGGCACCAAAGAUGUAGUGGUGAACGUAGACUAUAGUAAAAAGGCAGAGUCUUCAAAGCCUUUCUCCAGUGACACCAGUCCAGUGAUGAGGAAAGAUGAGGAAGACGAUGGAAAGGCACAAACUACACAACCUCUGUUGAAAAAAGACUCUAAAGGUCAAGGCGUUGCUCUGAACUCUGCAGACCAGAGACUUUUGGAUGCCAGCUUGCAGUUCCAGAAGACGCAAGGCAAAAGCACUAUUGAUGUGUGGUGGCUCUUUGAUGAUGGAGGAUUGACAUUGCUAAUUCCAUACUUGCUGACUACCAAAAAGAAGUGGAAAGACUGCAAGAUCAGAGUGUUUAUCGGUGGAAAGAUUAACAGGAUAGAUCAUGACCGCAGAGCGAUGGCAACAUUGUUGAGCAAGUUCAGAAUUGACUUCUCUGACAUCAUGGUUCUCGGCGAUAUCAACACCAAGCCAAAGAAAGAAAAUGUGGCAGCUUUUGAAGAGAUGAUUGAACCGUUCAGGCUGCGGGAAGACGAAAAGGAACAGGAUGUCGCUGACAAAAUGAAAGAGGAAGAGCCAUGGCGAAUAACUGAUAAUGAGCUAGAGCUUUAUAAGACAAAGACUCAUCGUCAGAUCCGGUUAAAUGAAUUGUUGAAGGAGCACUCGAGCACAGCCAAUGUUAUUGUCAUGAGCCUUCCAGUUGCGAGAAAAGGUGCCGUGUCCAGUGCACUUUACAUGGCUUGGCUAGAGGCACUUUCUAAAGAUCUCCCACCCAUCCUGCUUGUCCGUGGAAAUCACCAGAGCGUCCUUACUUUCUACUCCUAAAAGCUGACAGCCGCAAAGCCCCCAAAGAAAUGGUACUUCAGUGGCUGGGAUGCAGGCAUCAUCACGUUCUCUAAAGCCCCUGAACUUCUCUUUCUGAAUUUCACAGACUUGAAAGCACAUGGAGGAAAGUAACUUUUUCCACACUUGAGCAUCUGUUGCAGUUUUACUGCUUCUGUUACAUUACCGGUGGAUCCUGGCUUCAUAAGGGAGAUUCCGAUGUAUGGGACUCGAAUACAUGGAAGUUUAUUUCUCUGCUACUUGAAAAGCAGCAAUAAAAGCGUGUUUCUUUUUAUUUUGACCAGUGAAAGGAUUCUAGAUUUGUAAAAGCCUUUAGCCUUGAGGUGCCUUUUUGAAAAUUAACCAAACUUCAUCCAUACCCCCCUUUUUUAUAAACUUGUAUAGAAUGUACAAUCUGCCUUUCAGCUAGGACUUUAGAUCAAAACCUUUAGUUUCUAGUUUCUUCCAUCUUGACGAUAACUUAUGCUGCUGCUUCGUCUUCCACCAAGCUAUUCACUCUUGUAUUGCGUCAUAAAUGUUAUUAUUUUUUUAUAUUCUUCUUCUUUUGAAUGUGUUAGCAAAAAUGCACAGGGUUUGAACAAGACAGCUAUUCCAACAAUAAAAACACGUGAAGCGACCAUAUGGGUUGUAUUGGAACAAAUGAGCAAGUAAAAUGGACCUCGCUGUGGGUAUCGCAUACACUACUUUACUUUAAGUGAACCCCCAUCUUUCCUGUUCAAGUUAUACUCCACGUGUCACCCAAAUAUAAUAGACUUCAUUAAUGGUGCGUAGGUGACUGUGUCUAGGGGUUUUUAAUGGCGCUCGUUUCUGGCCUAUCCAGAGAUCUGUUGUACAUGAAUAACACAAUUCAGGUCAGUUCUCCAAAAACAUUCAAUCUGUAUUUAUUCCUAGCAUCUCUAUACAAGGGGAAGCGGCCAUACUGUGCCCUUCUCCCACUAUUCAGCUUACUAAUAUACCACAAUGAAUGAAUUGACUCAUUUCUACCCAAAAUGUCGGUCUCCAGUCACUGCAGCCCCUAAAUGUUCAGUUUACUUUGUCGUACUUUUGUAAUACAGGAAAUCAAAUUUUAAAUGUAUCUAGUCUGUCCUGGUCAGAUGAGGGUGACAUGGUGACAUGCCACCAUUUUAAUGCUUGAUUGAAUGACGAUACUCAGUACACUUCUACAGCUGUCUUUCUAUGUUAUAUAUGUGGAUGUUGAGGUUUAUGCCCAGAAUGUUUGAUGCAAUGGCUCAUGUGCAAUAGCAUUACUUGGGGGGGGGGGGGGGGGGGGCGAGACAUGGGGCUUGUCUUGAAAAUGAGCGCUUUCUUGUUGAGAGAUGCCUUUCUGCUGUACUACCUUGUAGCCCAUAGACUUAUAUUAUGAAUACCUGUAGAAAAAAAACACAUUUCUGUCCACUUAUGUCUUGGAUUUUUCUGUGUUUUAAGUCUAAAUAUGUUUUAAGCAAAACCUCCUUACUUCACAUUAAGGCUACAUUCGCACGACGGCUGUCACAUGACCGUUUUAACAACUAUGAUAGUCUAUGGGGUUAUUCACAUGCUGUUUUUUGUUUGUUUUUGAUGGGCCGUGAAUAACGUCUAUCCUAUUUUGUCUAUUUUCAUGGGCCAACAGCCCCUUUACAAUUACAAUUACGUUUUUUGCCAGCCAUCGUGUGAAUGGAGCCUUACAUUAGCUUUGCAUUCUACAACUUUUUGAAAUACUGUACUGUACUUUUUGACAGUGUUCAGUUGCUUUUAUGUUUAUCGGGCAGUACUUCUUUAGGACCGAGGAGAGAAGUUGAUGAAACAGUUUAUGAAGAGGUCUAGUCUGUGACUAUUAGAACUCUGAAGACAAUAACCUAUGGUGAGAAGGUUCAUCAUUACAAGAAAGUGCAUUCCAAGCUUUUCUAGUUGUAAAUUACAGUUCUCUGGAACCAAUCAGAUUCCACCUUUCAUUUUUGACAGCUCCUUUGGAAAAUGAAAAGUGGAAUCUGAUUGGUUGCUAUGGGCAACUAAGCCCGUUCUACUUUACACCAGUUUGAUAAAUUACCCCUAUUGACUAUCAAGCCAGUGUUGUACCCAGUGACGGGGUUCUUCGGCAUAGUACAAACAUCUGUUGAACUGAGCACAGGAUAUACAGACAAUUUUGAUGUGUUAUCCAGAUGUUCUGUCUCCCAUCAAUAAUUAGGCUAUGACUAUAAUGACUAAAUACAUGUAUGUUAAUCUAUGCAUACACAUCCUGUGCUCUGUUCCAUUAACAUUGUGUACUAUGCCAGGAGGUAAUGGAGAUAUCGAAGUAAGCUCCUGUGUAGGUUAUCAACCUGAUGUAUGCCGGUUUUCUUGGAUAAUGUAUUGGAUGAAAUUGGCCCUGAAUGAUAAGAUAUCCCUGGCGUGUCAGGAUAGGUUUGGAAGUGAGGAAAUGGUAAGCUUGUUCAUUUUUUAUCUAUAGAAGGAGCCUCAGUCAUCACAGCAUCCCCCCCCCCCCUUCCCUGCAAAUGAUUGUACUGGAUUGGUAGAAAGUCGAUAGGGCCGUUUGUGAAGAUGCUGUAUUGGUGCCACAGGCUCUAUGUGUGAUAUAAUUAGAAUACCCACUGAUAUGUUUUACCUGGGAAACAAGAAUUGUCAUGUGUAACUAAUAUAGUGAAAUGUACAGUGUAUUAUUAAUGUCUUGUAUUCAGAGCAUGUAUGAUUAAUUAUGUACUGGUCUGUUGUAUCACUGCUCGGUUGAAGACCCCACAGCUAUAUUUGUACAGAACUUGUUUGGAAAAAAUAAUCUAAUGUACGUGAAAAUGCCUGAAGAUCUGUAAAAACAAUUACAGGAUUGAUGAGUUUGCAGUAAGUUGGAAUGAAAGUAGAUGAAUAUAUACCAUAUCCAAUUUUAUAGUAACGUCUAAGGGUUUUUGCUGGUAUUUUUGUGCACCUGUGGUUUUUGGUGUUUUUUUUUUUUGUUUGUUUUGUUUUUUUUGCAGUAAAAAACGGCAACUCCAGAAUUAGCAGGUCUAUGGGAAAAGCGGGAAACUCAAGCCUUUUUUUUUCUAUAGGUGGUUUUGUUCAUUACCGUAGUUGCUGUGUUUUGUCUUUUUGGCUUUUUUUAAAUCACCUUCUCUUUAGGGGUUGAGCAUCUUGAAGUAAACGCUAGUGUGCAAAAAAUGCCAGGAAAAAACUCAGGUGGCCUGAGCAAAAACAUGCAGUUAUUCUGCCUUCUCCAACCCCCCCCCCCCCAAAAAAAAAGCCAGUCAAAACUUGUGUGUAUAGGGACUCUGUAGCGGUUUUCUGGAAAAAGAUACAGAAAACUACCUCAGGCUACUUUAAUAUUAGCGUUAGCAGGGUCCGGCAGGCUGUUACAGCAGGGGCCAUGAUGCCCACUGCACGCGCGAGCGGAGGUCAUGCUUGCACAGUUCUACCAGCGCCGUACAUGUACAGCGCUGGUAGCGAAAGGGUGAACUAUAAUGGGGACAGACCAGAGGUCCGGCAGCAGCAUGGCAAACGUGCCGAGAGGAGGCCGGCCAAAAACCGAACCUGCUAAUGUGAAAGUAGCCUCACUCUGCCUGAAUGCUCACUAGAUCUCAGAAAUAAUUAUGUUUACUUUAAUUUAUCUUGCUUAACUCUUUAUAGCAUCUUUGACUCUGCCAGGGCUUCCUGUGAAUGGUAUUACUAUGUAACGAACUGCAGUUCCCAUGAUACCACUCAACUCUUGCAAGCUUUGCAUGUAUUUACAGCUGCUUCAUGCUCUCUAUUUUUGCACACAGCACAGAUCUGCUAAUCACUUGUUGCUGUGCUGUUCUUAAACUGCAUACUGCACCACCUUCUGCCCAGCAUGUGAAACACGAUCCCUAUUAAUGCCUCAUUCACACGUCAGUGUUUUGGAGCCAAAACCAGAUGCAGAUCUUUCCCUUAUGUCUGUGGAGGCUCCACUCCUGUUUGUGGCUCACAAUCACUGAUGGAAAUCACUGACCAAAACACCAACGUGUGAAUGAGACUUAAGACAGGAAAUUAAGGAGUUUGGAAAUCUAGGGAGCAGUAGAGGUAAGAGGCAUGUGAUUUGAGAUGGUUCGUACUGUAUAGUAGAGGGACAUAGCACAAGAUCACAGUGCAGGAUUUCACCCAAGCAGCAGAACACCAGAAGCAGGGACAUACAGAGACCCUUUAGCUGCAUCAUUAAAGGGGUUGUCUCACUUCAGCAAAUGGCAUUUAUCAUGUAGAUAAAGUUUAUACAAGGCACUUACUAAUGUAUUGUGAUUAUCCAUAUUGUCUCCUUUGCUGGUUUGAUUCAUUUUCCAUCACAAUAUACACUGCUCGUAUCCAGGUGUUACGACCACCCUAAAAGCCAGCAUUGGUCGCCGUGCUUGCACACUAUAGGAAAAAGCACCGGCCUCUCUGGUGGCUGGGAUCGCGGGAGUGUGCAUAGUCCAGCACUUUUUUUUUUUUCUAUAGUGUGCAAGCAUGGCCACCUGUGUUGAAUUGCAGGGUGGUCCUAACCAUGGAAAUGAGUAAUGUAUCAUGUGAUAGAAAAAGUAAUCAAGCCAGCAAAUGGACAAUCACAAUACAUUAGUAAGUGCCUUUUAUUAACUUAAUCUACAUGAUAAAUGUCAUUUACUGAAGUGAGACAACCCCUUUAAGUGCACUUGAACUAUGGGGGCAACAUUUUUAAUGAUCGGAAAUCACCUUUUAAACUUAAUAGAUUGUUAAAAAAUAUAUAUUCCAAAAGCAUAGAUGCCUAAAUUACAUUUUUCAAGGACCGGAUAAAUAAAGCAUUUUAUUGGGGUUUAGGGUCAGGUACCUUUUUAUAGAGGUUAUUCCAUUAAAGACAUCUCCUGUACAUAUGCCAUAGAGGAGAGCCUUCUCCAACUAGCUAAUCUGUUUGGCAGGGUCUCGGGAACAGCAGCUCUCAUGUUAUAGGGGUUUUCUGGCUGUGGCAGGACAACUCUUUUAAAGGAUAAAUGGAUAUGUUACUGUUAUAGAAUGGCAAUUUUUCCCCAUAUAAUAGUUUAGCUAUAUCUUUAAUUGAGCCUUCAGUAUAGGUGUCAAGAAUUUCAUUGGGUUCAUUUCAUAGCUUUUUCUGUGAUUUAUUGAUACCGUUGGGACCGGUGAUGUGAAAACAUCAUAAUUGAUAUUCGAGUGCCAGUCAUUUUAUGUUGGCAAAUCACAACUAAAAGAUUGUUUUCCAUAGACAUCCUUAAAGUCUCUGCAUGCAUGUGGUGCCAUGGUGUAUAGAAUGGACCUAGUGUUACGGCAAAUGUUAACAUUCAGAGCAUCAACAAGCUCAUGAUGAGUAAUUCCUGCUGCCCUUAUAUCCCAGAACUUUCCCGUAGUCAUGCCACAUAAUAUUUGCAAGCACUAUAGUGCAUAUGUGGUCUUUUCUGCUCCUGCUUUAGAAAAGGCAUUGUAUGGAAUUCAGAUUUCCCAGCGUCAGCACUUUGGAGAACUAGUGAUACCUUGCUAGGUGCAUGUGUGUUGAGAACAGGUAGUACUGAUUUUGCUGUGAUGAGCGGAUGUUACAUAAUGGAAACCUAAUCUGUAAACAUUAAAACUUUUACUUCUAUAAAUCCUUGUAAGUGGAUAGGAACCUCUGCCGACACAUGAAGUGUAUCUACUAUCCAUUACAAACUGGGUCCCUAUUGACUUCUUAUUCACCUACCUUCAUUCCACAGAGCCCAUCUCUGCAGUUAGUCUGAUAAGUGGGGACCGUGACAUAAUCAUGGAUUUUCAAGAGAAUGUUGAAUGAACUGCUGACUUGUUUUAGUGCUGCUACCUUGUGUUUGUGACCAGGUACUUUUGCCGUAUACACUUUCUAACUGUAUUCUGGAAAGGUUGCUAACAGUGUGUAUUUUAAUACCCUUUUUAUGGCACCGUGGUAAGGUCAGUUCACGGCUAAGCUCUCGCUGACCCCUUCCGGGACAUAGUUGUGUGACACACUGCAGUGAUCUCUAUUGAUGUUUGUGUGUGUAUUCAGGUCAUAUUUAAAAAAACAAACAAAAAAAAAAGAAACCAAAUUCAGUUUUUGUGUACAUAUUGAGAUAAGAUACUGCUUAUGAGCAAUUGUCUUAAAAUGCAAA